AUGUCCAAAGAUGAAAUAUAUAAUAAUUCAAAUUCUUAUUCGGACGAAUCUUAUAAUGUAAAUGAUAAUAAUUCAGAAAUAAAAGGUUCCAUAUUUUGGAGUGAUGCGCUUGAAGCUCGCCUCUAUGAGCUGUAUAUGAAGGAUGAUGUUAUAGAUAUAUUUUGGGGUCGACCUAUUGAAGAUCAUCUUGUAGGUAGUACUAAUUGGAAUAUUUAUGUAAUUACGCGUGGUUUAUACUGUCCAUAUGCCAGGACAGAAAUAAUCGCAGACGACCAAGUUAUUCAUUUUAUCGCAGAGGAGACUGGAUUUGCUACUUCUAGUGAUCCAUUACCAAGUUCAAUAAAGAUUCCACAGAAUCUAAAGAAAUUUUUUGAUGAAGCUUUAGAUAAUGAAUUAGGACUGUUGUUUCGUGAAGCACAUUAUAAUUUAGUUGGUAUAAGUACUGGAUAUAAACAAAUCGGUGGGAAGUUUACUGAAGAUCCAGCAAUUAUAUUUUAUGUUCGUCAGAAAGGUAUUUUACGUCGUGGAUGUGGUGGUAUAUUUCCAAAAAAAAUUUGUGGAUUUUUAACAGAUGUUAUUGAAGCAUGUGCUGCAAUGCCUUGUAGUAGUUUUGAGGCGGUCUAUUGUCAAUGUUAUCAGGAAAAUGUUAUGUUAGGUUCAAGUAUAGGCAUAGGGUCAAAUGAAACUCGAAAUACAACUGGAACUCUUAGUGCUAUUGCUUAUGAAAAUAACUCUCCAAAUCGGAUUGGUAUUAUUUCAUGUGAACAUGUACUCAAAUUUAAUGAAUCAAAUCCUAGAAAAACGAUUACUAUUUAUCAGCCUUCAUAUAAUGAUCUGUUUGAACCAAGAAGAAGAUUACGAGAAUUACAAGAAUUAUCAAAGUUAGGAGGAAAUGAACAUAUGGAUAAUAUCAAUAAAAUGCAAGAAAACUUAAAUCUUGCAGAAAGUCAAAACUCGAAACUUGCUACUUAUGUAAAGGGAAUACGAAAAAAUUUUCAUUCUAAAAUAGAUAAUAAGAAAUAUGGUAUUGAUGCUGGAUUUUGUGUCUUUGAUAAUAAAAAUCGUAAACUAUAUUCAAAAAACUUUUCAGUUCCUUCAAGUUACUUUGAAAAUGCUGGACUUUCUACUUGUUUAAAAGGUACUUAUACUAGUUGUGAAUUGAAUGAAUUGAAGAAUUUUAAUUAUAAUAAAAAGAGAGUUUUUAAAGUAGGAAGAACUACAGGACUUACUCUUGGACAAUUACUUCCUACUGAUCAAGCUAUUGCUUGUAAUUUAACAAUUGAAAGUAUAAAAAGUUCAAAAAAGUUAGAAAUGGAAAAACAUAUUCCUUGUUAUAACAACGCAGAUCAAAAAAUUUUUAUUGGAUAUAUGAAAUCACAAUUAGAUUCAGAAGUUCGUCAAAAACGUAAAAAAUGUUAUCCUAUUGAAUGGUUUGAUCGUCAAUUGGCAUUUAAAUUUGAAUCUGGAGAUUUUGAUUGUGGCGAUUCAGGAGCAAGCAUUAUAGAUGAAACAGGAAAGGCUAUUGGUAUUCUUCAUGCAAGAUGGAUAACACCAUAUCAGACAUAUGGUAUUGCUUCUCCUUAUUUCGCAAUUCUUGAAGCACUUGACGUAAGCAUUCACUUAUCUCCCGAUCCUGUUACACCAACAGUUACUUCUUCAUCAUCAAAUAUUAAAAUCAAUUAUAAAAAAGAGAUUGUAAAAAUGCAGGAUGUUAAACAACCACAAAAAAAUCAGUCUAAAUCGGAGUACUAUAUAUUAGGGAUUGGAAUCGAUUCUACCAAAAUCGAAUUAAUCGAAAAUCGAAUCGUAUCUAAUCGAAUCUAA